ACACACCGGCGCAGAACGGAGAGCGAAUUCACUCGCCGGCUCUCAACAAGAACGCGUCGACGUAUACACCGUGUUUCAACGUACCGAGGUGAUAUAUCUGUUAUUUAUCCUACGGUCGAAGGCGAGUCAAUCGUGAAAAUGGCCGGGGAAAAGCGUACCCAAGACCAAGAAGAAACCUUGUUGUCGGAAACGGUGGUCUUAGUUGACAUCGAAGGCACCACGACGAGCAUAAGCUUCGUGAAGGAUAAACUUUUCCCUUACGUGCGAGAUAAUUUAAAGAGUUAUAUUGAAACUAAAUGGGAGGAUGAGGAGUUUAAAAAGGACUUUGAAAAAUUGAAGGAACAGGCAAAGAAAGAUGAAGAAGAUAAGAUUGAUGGUUUCAUUCCAAUCGCUGGUGCUAAAGUAGAAGAGCAAAGAGAGUCUCUUGUAAAAAAUAUUUUAUGGCAAAUGGAUUGCGAUCGUAAAACUGGUGCAUUAAAACAAUUGCAAGGACAUAUGUGGCGUGAAGCUUAUAAUUCUGGAGCAAUUAAAGCACAUGUUUACGAAGAUGUACCAAAAGCAUUAGAGUCUUGGACAAACGAUGGUAGAAAAAUCUAUGUUUAUUCAAGUGGUAGUGUUGAAGCACAAAAACUUUUAUUUGGACAUUCUGUACAUGGCGAUUUACUUAAGUAUUUCAGUGGUUAUUUUGAUACUGAAGUAGGUGCGAAGCAGGAAUCAAGUAGUUAUCAAAAUAUAUUAAAUAAAAUUGGGGCAAAACCAUCAACCGUAAUUUUCUUAACUGAUGUUGUGAAAGAAGCUGCAGCUGCUAAAGAGGCAGGAUUGAAUGCAGUAAUAGUACUACGUGAAGGCAAUGCUGUCUUGACAGACGAAGAAAGAGUAACUUUUACCACCAUCAAAUCAUUUUUAGAUGUAACCUUUCAAACUUCUAUGAAACGACAAAAGUUAGAAACUACAGAAGCAGAAGAAAAUACGAAAAAAAGUGCACCUGAUGUUAGUGAACCAAUGGACACUUCUGAAGAUGUUGAAAUGUCCGAUGUCAGUGAAAAAAAAGUUGAAAAAGUGGAAACGGACGAAGCUGCUCAAAAAGAAACAAAGGAAACUAUAAAAUCAGAUCAGUUACCAAAGGAAGCUCAAACUUCGGACACGAAAACCGAAGAACCUAAAGUUGCUGAUGCAAAGGAUGCAUCAAAUUCUGAAAACGCAAUGGAAACCGUACCAGAAAAAGUAGAAAAAGUAGAAGUUCAGCCGUCAGAGGUGAGUACCAAAUUAGACGCAUCUGAAAAUGUAAAACCUGUCGUAAACGAUAACACUGAACCCAAGUUAACAUGUACGAAGAGUGAUGCAGAUAAGCCCGUAGUUUCUGAAAACGUAGAAAAACCUAUGGACGUAACAGAAAAAAUUGUCGAUUCUAAACCAGAGGCAACUGUUACUACUAAUGACCCCGUGGAUGCUGGAACAUGUGAGCCUAAAUCAAAGUCUGAAGAAGUUACUAUUACAGAGAAAAAGACUGAAGAAACAACAACUGUCACUAAAGAAACAAAGUCUGAUGAUACUAAAGUAUCUGACGUAAAAACUACUAAAGACACAUCGCAAGAAAAAGCUAAUAGUAUGAGUAUAGAUGAAAAGUCAGAAGAAUGUAUUAAGAAAUCAGAGGACAGUACUAAGAAACCAGAAGAAAGUGUUAAAAAGAUAGAAGAAUGUUCUAAGAAAACGGAAGAAAGUACCAAAAAAUCAGAAGAAAGUACUAAAAAAUCAGAAGAAUGUGUUAAGAAACCAGAAAAAGAAACCAAGGAGGAAUCCACUGAUAAGGUUGCAAUUAAUACUAGUAAAACAGAGACUAAAAAAUCAGAAAGCGAGGAAUCCUCGGAAAAAUCAACACAGGAAUCUACGAAAGUUGAAGAAAAGCCUUCGGAAAACGGUGAUGCUUCGUUAACGAAUGUAGAGAAAGAAAAACCUGCGACGAAAGUAACAGAAUCAGAGGAUACCAACAGUAAAAUAGAUACAAACGCCGAAGCUAAAGGUGCGACAGGCACGGUUGCGAAAACCGAAACGGAAACAGAAUCUACUACCGAAAAAUCUCCUAAAGCGAAAGAAACGGAAGAAGCAAAAACGGCGCCUGUAGCGGAUGCAGAAAAGCAUGAAGCUAGCGCCGAAUCGAAACAGGAAUUGACAGAAAAACCAGUGAAAGAAGAAACCGCGGAGGAAACGAAAGAAACAAGUACAGUGGAUUCCGAGAAGAAAAAAUUAAAUGGUACAACACAAAAUGGCGAUACAGAUAUAUCAGUGUCGGAUGACAAAUUACACAGAAACGGACUGAACGAGGGGUCAUCGAAUGAAAACGUUAACUCGUCAACGAGCGAAAGUACAUCUGCGCAAAACGGUGAACCAGAGAGUUCCUCAGAGGCUAGUGCAGACUCUAUAAAAGUCAAAAAAGUCGUUGAUUCAACAAUAGCCGACGGUGCCGGCGAACCUGACGUUGUUCCCCCAGUAGUUGUAGCUGCGACGUCUUAAUCUUGUUCUGAUACAUUUUAAGAAUGUCCUUCAUACAUAACCCCAACCCACAAUACUUAUCCACAGAUAUAAACUGAAAAAGUUGGCUCCUUACACCUUACAUAAAAAAAAAAUCGUACGACGUUAAAGAUGUAACACGUUAAUUUAAGAUGCAGUUCAUAUAAGAUUUCUAUUUCUUCGAUAAAUGUGAAGGGAAAACGAUAUGUACAGCGUAUCUCAGAUUCGAUUAUCUUUUACGGUCAUAGCUUGAUAUACGUAUACUACGCUUGUUGAUUAUGCUCAGUAGAAACUCUUCGGAAGCUUUAUGAAGCUUCUGUUUCCUAUUUUACAUCGCUUAACUACAUUUUGAUCUGCUUUAUUUUUUAGUUUACUCGUAUAAACAUAUUUUUAUAAUUGAUAAUACGACGUUUGUAAUACUAAUUGACUAGAGAUAAUCGAAAGUGUUGUUCGCUGUGGUCAUUUUACAAGUAUUUUUCAUUUUUUUUUAUCUUUUUCAUUCUUUUCUAUUGCAUUUUUACGAUGCGUAUUAAGAUUUAUUUUCUUUCUCGUUGUAUUUUUUCUUUUUUAAUGCCUAAACGGAAUGUUACGGUAUGAAAACUCAUAGGAUAGGAAAUUCAUCAGAGUAUGCUAAAAUACCGAAUGUACUUUGUGCCAAAUGAAUGAAUUCAUCUGUUUCGAAGAUUUUUUUAUCGUAUGUAAACGUUUAACGGUCUGAUUGAUAUUUUAGUUUCUUGUAAGUAUCAGGAAACUUUUGACUACUUGUAUGAUUUUAAGACUGAAUUCGUAAUGCCUCGAACAGUCGCUGGCUUUAGACUAUACGAUUUAUUAUCUUUGCAUACUCUUGUGUACUUAAAUAAUUUUAUAAAUUGAUUAAUUAAUUAACACACAGUGAUCUUCGAAUCGUAGGUCGUCCGUAAUCCUUUAUAAAUAAGCUGUGUCUUGCGGUAAACUUUAUUUGGCCACGUUAAGAAAUGUACUCUUAUUGUAAUGUGUUUGACAUCGUAUUUCUUUUUUUAUUUUAUUUAUCGAGAUAUAUACAUCUAGUUUAGGACACUUCAAACGACAUUGACUCACGCGCAUUUUUUUCGUUUUUAUAUUUUGUAUCAUAAUAACACGGUUUCAUACGAUUGGAAAUUUUGCGUUGCAUUCGAUACACGUCCUUUAAACAAAAAUAUCAUGACAUUCGUAUAUUGUCAGUCGCAUAAAUUGUAAUAUGCUAUUUUACGCGUAUAUAUUACUUUAUAGUUGUAGAAAAUUUCUUCAUAUACUUAAUAGUAUAUAAUGGGUAAAUCAAUUUCAUUUCACGGAAGAAAAAAACAGAUCAACUUGAAAACUCA